AUGAAGUUCUUUGCACUUCUUUCAGCGGGUUCUAUGAUCUACUUUAUCGUCCAUAUUUUAGAUCGUAAUGUUUGUGCAGAGUCUGACCAGGUCGGCCUCCAUCGCCAAUCGAGUAGCAUGUCAAGACAAGCGCAGUUCGUGGAGCAUUCGUAUCAUUUCCUGGAUGUCCCCAAAAUUGCAGGAAUUGCUCUUCCAUCUGAUACAGACUGCCUCUUACGAUGUAUGAGGAAUGAUCAUUGUUUCUCCCUUAACGUUGCUGCAUUUUCCCUACCGAACGGAAGUACAUCGUGUGACUUACUUUCUACCGACAAGUACAAUGCAUCUGACAAGUUCAAAGAGGAUCGCACAUCGCAUCACUUCAGCAUCAUGGUGAGUAACGCUCCUGCGAUAAAUGUUCCACUUCUUAUUCUUCUUCCUCGUUCUUCCUCUUUCAUCCUCGAUUCUUUUCUUUUUCCCCUUUUUCUUCUUCUUCUUCCUGUUUAUACACCGAUUUUCUACCUCUUCUCGUUCUUCCUGUUUACACACUGCUUCCAUGCAGUUGAGAUGUUUUAUUCCCGCUCUAAGUUUGGCAGAGUUUUCUUAUUUACAAAGCACUUGAAAUAUCUGUAAGUAAAAAAAUAACUUUUUAAGGUGAUUUCGUCUGGUCUGUGGUAAUACGCCGUUUUUUUCCGGGGUGUUCGUUCAACUGUUAAACAAGCAUAUAUGGACGGCUCGGGUCGGUAUGAAAAGUUGAAUAUUCAUAUUGUUUUUAUUUUGUCCAAAUUUGUGGUGAUGAUCUGAAAUGGCACCUGACGAUACAUGGUCGUAAUAAGUCGCCGACAAAAAAUUCACCCUCUUAACACGUUUUGCUUUUCUCUCGGCGAUAAAAACUUGGCAACCUCCCGGUUUUCUUUUUGCGUUUGUGUUGUGUCUGUUCGGUGCUUUUAUCAUGUUCAAUAGUUCUUAAAGACAGUAGAGGGAAAAAAACAGACGAAACCAGGGAGUAUUUUGUUAGCAAAAAUAACACUAGCUGUUGAUAGGGUAGUUUUUAGUGUUAACAACUGAGUUGAAAACGUAAAUUGGCCAACGCAAAGAGUUUACCACCGUAAAGAGAAGGUGGAAUUAUAGGCUUAUUCAUCGUGACAAAAAAAAGACAUUAGCCUAAAGGCAUCUCGUCUCGCUCGACAUUAUUAAAUUUAUUUCUUGCGUAAUGAUAAAGUGUAUCCGGUCUGCGCCAAGCCAAGCUAAGUAAGAGUUCAGUUUCCUUUCUUUGAGUUCAUAAGCUCAUUACUUUGGUGUUGAAGAGGAGAUGAGAUAAAAAGAAGGACUGCGAAACAAUCUGAAUUUUCGAACCGGUGAAAUAUGUCCACCUGAAGGAAAGUUCGCUACCUGAAAAACAUCUGCGUUAGUGAUUAUCAUAACAUACGUCAUCUGUUUGAAGCCUGAUGACAAAUUUUUUUAAUACCUGCUUAUUUAACAACCACAACAAAUAUUUUUCUUCGUAAUAAACUGGAAGCUCAGCCCGCACAAAAUAGACUUUUUGGGAUUACACAAGGAGAGACGUUUGGAGAAAUUUCAAAAUUAGAGCAAUUGUUUUAUUUCGUGUCAGGAGCCCAAUGGGCUCCUGUCUAUGUUCGUUGGUCAGUAUUAACGACAUUAGCUCGUAUUUUAUAUUAUCUCUGUCGAAUGCAAAGGCGGAAGAUGAAAACCUUCCUGGUUUGUUGGCAAGCUAAAGCCGGGGAAGGAGGUAUGAAAUGUUCACCAAGAUUUAAGGUACUGAUUGGUAAAUGUGUACGCUGGUGAGAACCCGCGGUUACAAAUCAGGGAAACAACACUCAUCUCUCGAAGUAAAAUGAGAGGUUUUUGAAGAUAAACCAUGAAUCAGGCAUAUUUUGUUGCAAGGGUGCUUACAUCGGGUGGUCGAAGUAAGGGGGGGGAGGGUGAGAAAUAACCUGGAAAUUGUAAGGUAAUAGUAAUUAUUAUAUGUACCAUACGGUUCCGCGCGCGCCUUUAUUGAAAGAAACAGCAUUUCCCGUAUGAAGGCGGCUCAGACGAUUUUGCGAAAUUAAACGAACGACUAAUAGUCCAUUUCGCAAAAUAGUAUCCCUCCCAAAAUUACUAUUUUGCUAAUCAUAUUUUAAGAAAUAAGAGGAGGCCAAAAUCUUUGGUGAAAUACUAACUAGACCCUGUGAGCAGGGUAACUGGGAUACCUGGAUGGUACUGGAUCCGUGGAAUCAAGUGCAGUAAUACUACGCGUGUCGGACUAGUAAACUGAAAUAGUGAGCUCAAGUCUGGCCAAGGGCAUACACCUGUCUCAAAACAUAGGCAUGCUAUGCAUGCAAGAGUUAUUUUUGUAAGGGUGGGUGGAUUACUUGAAACAUUGUAAGUGGUCUACAUUCUUACAAAAGGAAAGAAGAUUAUUAACGCGGGAAAGAAUGAAAAUGUCGAAUUACCUCACACACAGGAAUUUUGUGGUAGGUUAUGUGUGUUGUGCGAAUAAAUGUAACCAAAAAUAAACUGUAUUGGUGCCACGGAUAGCUGUUAGUACAAAAUGUAGACAGCAGACUGCAGACCGGAUACCAAAUAUAGACUGCAGAGUGGGUACAAAAUGCAGACUGAGAAUCUGAAGAGUUUUUACGUCUGGUAUUGGUAUAUAAUAACAUGUCAUCUUACAGCUUACCGAGCGUCACGCAAUCGCUUUUCCGCGAUCAGCCUUCACGAUUAUUUGCACUAUUGUGGAAAAUUCCUGGCCCAUUUCUUGAUGAAAAUCGAUCGUAAUAUAAUUUCAAGCCUUCAACAUAGUUGGUUAGUGUGAUGUCUGUACAGAUUUUACCAAUGUAAUAAAAGUAGAUGACGCGAAUAAUAGUGAUGGUAAAGCAAGCUUAAAACGGCAACAAUCGCCAGAAACUACAACGGAUACACAGGGUAUGAGUAAGUUUUAUUGAUUUUACGAGAAAAAUCUUCAUAUUCCGAAAUAUUUAUCGUUGUAAAUCGACCAUAUUUCGUGCCCUAUUCCUUAUAACGUGUUCAAAUUUUCAACGGUUCCUAGCAUAACUUACUCUGAGUCACACAAUGCGUGACGCGUUCGUGAAUUAAUCGUUGGCUCUUUCUCGAGACGUGACCUUUGGUUGCCUGUGACAAGACAAUUGCGUAAACAAUACUUAACAUAAUAACUAUACACAAAAAACACGGGAUUUUGGAUCAUGUAUUUAUUAAAAAAGAAUAUCCAUACAACUACAAUGAAAAAAAAACAUAAGAUUCACCUUUCUGAUCGUGAAAUUAAUACCAUUCGAACUGUUAUCGUAGCUACGUUCCCUUGCAUCAAGUGAAUCCAACAUGGCGUCUUUCUUCACAAGCAGUUUGCAUCCAUUUGAAUUUUGUUCUUCAGUCUCACGGUAGUAGUGUUGUUCAACAGAUUGCAUAGAGUAUUUCACUGAGAUUUCAGAUUUUGCUUUUUACAACGAGUUAACGUUUUCAACUAAGACAUUGGCAUACUUAGCAUACAAGACAUACAAGGCAUUCAAUGCUUUCAUGGCUUUCAAGCGUUCGCGAUUCAGUCCGUUCCAAAAUUACCGCUCAAUAACACCUUUUUGUGUGGAUUGGCCGCGAACAAUACGACUUGUGUAUGCGUCUAUAAGUAUUUUGAGCGUUUGCGCCAUAAUGUUGCAGAUAAUCGUAAUCCAAACACAUUGAAAUACAAAACGACUGACAAAAUAUUUUUAUGGGCAAAAAUCUCGUGUUCGUCAUGUGACCCGGCCCUGUCCGUGCAUGACAACGUCAUUCAUCAUCAAGAUAGCACGCGUAAUCAGCAUGUGAACACCUCAUUGGAUCACAGUUAAUUGUCAUGGUGUUGAGGGCCCAAUGACCUCUGGGUACUAUUGCGCAAUUUUUCCAUUUUGUGGCGGAGGAAAAAAAAAAAAACUAGACCCUGUGAGCAGGGUAACUGGGAUACCUGGAUGGUACUGGAUCCUUGGAAUCAAGUGUAGUGAUACUACGAGUGUCGGACUAGUAUACUGAAAUAGUGCGCUCAAGUCUGGCCAAGAGCAUAGACGUAUUUCAAAACAUAGGCAUGGUAUGCAUGCAAGAGAUACUUUUUUGUAGGGUGGGUGGAUUACUUGAAACAUUGUGAGUGAUGUCUACAUUCUUACAAAAGGAGAGAAGAAUAUUAAUGUGGGAAAGAACGAAAAUGUCAAAUUACCUCACUCACAGGUAUUUUGUGGUAGAUUAUUAUGUGUUUUGCGAAUAAAUGUAACCAAAAAAUAAACUGUAUUGGUGUCACAGAUACCUGUUAGUACAAAAUGCAGACAGCAGACUGCAGACCGGAUACAAAAUAUAGACUGCAGACUGCAGAGUGGGUACAAAAUGCAGACUAAGAAUCUGAAGAGUUUUUACGUCAGGUAUAUAAUAACAUGUCAUCUUACAGCUUACCGAGCGUCACGCAAUCGCUUUUCUGCGAUCCGCCUUCACGAUUAUUUGCAGUAUUGAGGAAUAUUCCUGGCCCAUUUCUUGAUGAAAAUCGAUCGCAAUAUUAUUUCAAGCCUUCAAUAUAGUCUUAUUACUUUGCGCACGAGUUGGUUGGUGUGAUGUCUGUACAGAUUUUGUCAACGUAGUAAAAGUAGAUGAUGUGAACAACAGUGAUGGUAAAGCAAGCUUAAAACGGCAGAAAUCGCCAGAAAAUACAACGGAUACACAGGGUAUGAGUAAUUUUUAUUGACUUUACGAGAAAAAUGUUCAUAUUUCGAAAUAUGUAUCGUUGUAAAUCGACCAUACUUCGUUCCCUGUACUAUUCCUUAUAACGUGCAGUUCCUCUCGUAACUUAACACCGAGUCACACAACGCGUGACGCGUUCAUAAAUUAAUCGUUGGCUUUUUCUCGAGACGUGAGCUUGGGCCGCUUGUGACAAGACAAUUGCGUAAACAAUAUUUAACAUAACAACAUUAUACACAAAAAAACACAGGGUUUUGGAUCACGUAUUUAUUAAAAAGAAUAUCCAUACAACUACAAUGAAAACAAACGUAAGAUUCACCUUUCUGAUCGUGAAAUUAAUACCAUUCGUACUGUUAUCGUAGCUACGUUCCUUGCCAUCAAGUGAAUCCAACAUGUCGUCUUUCUUCACAAGCAGUUUGCAUCCCUUAUAGCUAUGUUCUUCAGUCUCACGGUAGUAGCGUUGUUCAAUAGAUUGCAUAGAGUGUAUGACAACUAAGACAUUGGCAUACUUAGCAUACAAGGCAUUCAAGGCUUUCAUGGCUUUCAAGCGUUCACGACUCAAUCCGUUCCAAAAUUACCGCUCAAUAACAUCUUUCAGUGUGGAUUAGCCGCGAUUAAUACGACUUGUAUAUGCGUCUGUAAGUAUUUUGCGCGUUUGCGCUAUAAUGCUCCAGGAGAUCGCAAUCCAAAUACGUUGAAAUACAAAACAACUGACCUAAGAGUUUUAUAAGCAAAAUCUCGUGUUUGUCAUGUGACCCGGCCCUGUCUGUGCAUGACAACGUCAAUCAUCAUCAAGAUAACACGCGUGAUCAGCAUGUGAACACCUCAUUGGAUCACAGUUAGUUGUCAUGGAGUUGAGGGAUAACACGCGUGAUCAGUAUGUGAACACCUCAUUGGAUCACAGUUAGUUGUCAUGGUAUUGAGGGCCCAAUGACCUCUGGGUACUAUUGCGCAAUUUUUCCAUUUUGUGGCGGAGGAAAAAAAAAAAAACUAGACCCUGUGAGCAGGGUAACUGGGAUACCUGGAUGGUACUGGAUCCUUGGAAUCAAGUGUAGUGAUACUACGAGUGUCGGACUAGUAUACUGAAAUAGUGCGCUCAAGUCUGGCCAAGAGCAUAGACGUAUUUCAAAACAUAGGCAUGGUAUGCAUGCAAGAGAUACUUUUUUGUAGGGUGGGUGGAUUACUUGAAACAUUGUGAGUGAUGUCUACAUUCUUACAAAAGGAGAGAAGAAUAUUAAUGUGGGAAAGAACGAAAAUGUCAAAUUACCUCACUCACAGGUAUUUUGUGGUAGAUUACGUGUGUUUUGCGAAUAGUAGUAACCAAAAAUAAACUGUAUUGGUGUCACAGAUACCUACUAGUACAAAAUGCAGACAGCAGACUGCAGACCGGAUACAAAAUAUAGACUGCAGACUGCAGAGUGGGCACAAAAUGCAGACUAAGAAUCUGAAGAGUUUUUACGUCAGGUAUAUAAUAAUAUGUCAUCUUACAGCUUACCGAGCGUCACGCAAUCGCUUUUCUGCAAUCCGCCUUCACGAUUAUUUGCAGUAUUGAGGAAUAUUCCUGGCCCAUUUCUUGAUGAAAAUCGAUCGCAAUAUUAUUUCAAGCCUUCAAUAUAGUCUUAUUACUUUGCGCGCGAGUUGGUUGGUGUGAUGUCUGUACAGAUUUUAUCAACGUAAUAAAAGUAGAUGAUGUGAACAACAGUGAUGGUAAAGCAAGCUUAAAACGGCAGAAAUCGCCAGAAAAUACAACGGAUACACAGGGUAUGAGUAAUUUUUAUUGACUUUACGAGAAAAAUGUUCAUAUUUCGAAAUAUGUAUCGUUGUAAAUCGACCAUACUUCGUUCCCUGUACUAUUCCUUAUAACGUGCAGUUCCUCUCGUAACUUAACACCGAGUCACACAACGCGUGACGCGUUCAUAAAUUAAUCGUUGGCUUUUUCUCGAGACGUGAGCUUGGGCCGCUUGUGACAAGACAAUUGCGUAAACAAUAUUUAACAUAACAACAUUAUACACAAAAAAAAAACACAGGGUUUUGGAUCACGUAUUUAUUAAAAAAAGAAUAUCCAUACAACUACAAUGAAAACAAACGUAAGAUUCACCUUUCUGAUCGUGAAAUUAAUACCAUUCGUACUGUUAUCGUAGCUACGUUCCUUGCCAUCAAGUGAAUCCAACAUGUCGUCUUUCUUCACAAGCAGUUUGCAUCCCUUAUAGCUAUGUUCUUCAGUCUCACGGUAGUAGCGUUGUUCAAUAGAUUGCAUAGAGUAUAUGCAGUUUGGUUUCAGAUUUCAGAUUUUGCUUUUUACAACAAGUGAACAUUUUUCAACUAAGACAUCGGCAUACUUAGCAUACAAGGCAUUCAAGGCUUUCAUGGCUUUCAAGCGUUCGCGACUCAAUCCGUUCCAAAAUUACCGCUCAAUAACAUCUUUCAGUGUGGAUUAGCCGCGAUUAAUACGACUUGUAUAUGCGUCUGUAAGUAUUUUGCACGUUUGCGCUAUAAUGCUCCAGGAGAUCGCAAUCCAAAUACGUUGAAAUACAAAACAACUGACCUAAGAGUUUUAUAAGCAAAAUCUCGUGUUUGUCAUGUGACCCGGCCCUGUCUGUGCAUGACAACGUCAAUCAUCAUCAAGAUAACACGCGUGAUCAGCAUGUGAACACCUCAUUGGAUCACAGUUAGUUGUCAUGGAGUUGAGGGAUAACACGCGUGAUCAGUAUGUGAACACCUCAUUGGAUCACAGUUAGUUGUCAUGGUAUUGAGGGCCCAAUGACCACUGGGUACUAUUGCGCAAUUUUUCCAUUUUGUGGCGGAGGAAAAAAAAAAAAAGACAAAAAAACAAAGGCAUUUUAUGACUGGGCUACCACAGGUAUCCCAGUAAAAAAAGACAAAAAAACAAAGGCAUUUUAUGACUGGGCUACCACAGGUAUCCCAGUAAAAAACUAGACCCUGUGAGCAGGGUAACUGGGAUACCUGCAUGGUACUGGAUCCUUGGAAUCAAGUGUAGUGAUACUACGGGUGUCGGAUUAGUAUACUGAAAUAGUGAGCUCAAGUCUGGCUAAGGGCAUACACCUAUUUCAAAACAUAGGCAUGCUAUGCAUGCAAGAGUUAUUUUUUGUAGGGUGGGUGGAUUAUUUGUGGUCUACAUUCUUACAAAAGGAAAGAAGAGUAUUAACGUGGAAAAGAACGAAAAUGUCGAAUUACCUCACACACAGGUAUUUUGUGGUAGAUUAUGUGUUUUGUGCGAAUAAAUGUAACCAAAAAUAAACUGUAUUGGUGCCACAGAUACCUGUUAGUACAAAAUGCAGUCUGCAGACCGGAUACAAAAUAUAGACUGGAGACUGCAGAGUGGGUAAAAAAUGCAGACUGAGAAUCUGAAGAGUUUUUACGUCUGGUAAAUAAUAACAUGUCAUCUUACAGCUUACCGAGCGUCACGCAAUCGCUUUUCCUCGAUCAGCCUUCACGAUUAUUUGCACUAUUGUGGAAAAUUCCUGGCCUAUUUCUUGAUGAAAAUCGAUCGUAAUAUAAUUUCAAGCUUUCAAUAUAGUCUUCUUACUUUGUGCGCGAGUUGGUUUGUGUGAUGUCUGUACAGAUUUUACCAACGUAACAAAAGUAGAUGAUGUGAAUAACAGUGAUGGUAAAGCAAGCUUAAAACGGCAGAAAUCACCAGAAACUACAACGGAUACACAGUUCGCGACUCAAUCCGGUCCAAAAUUACCGCUCAAUAACAUCUUUUAGUGUGGAUUGGCCGCGAACAAUACGACUUGUGUAUGCGUCUGUAAGUAUUUCGAGCGUUUGCGCUAUAAUGCUUCAGGUGAUCGUAAUCAGAACACGUUGAAAUACAAAACGACUGACAAAAGAGUUUUCUAAGCAAAAAUCUCGUGUUCGUCAUGUGACCCGGACCUGUCCGUGCAUGACAACGUCAAUCAUCAUCAAGAUAACACGUGAUCAGCAUGUGAACACCUUCACCCUCAUUGGAUCACAGUUAGUUGUCAUGGUGUUGAGGGCCCAAUGACCACUGGUUACUAUUGCGCAAUUUUUCCAUUUUGUGGCGGAGGAAAAAAAAAAAAACUAGACCCUGUGAGCAGGGUAACUGGGAUACCUGGAUGGUACUGGAUCCUUGGAAUUAAGUGUAGUGAUACUACGGGUGACGGACUAGUACACUGAAAUAGUGCGCACAAGUCUGGCCAAGGGCAUACACCUAUUUCAAAACAUAGGCAUGCUAUGCAUGCAAGAGUUACUUUUUUGUAGGGUGGGUGGAUUACUUGAAACAUUGUGAGUGAUGUCUACAUUCUUACAAAAGGAGAGAAGAAUAUUAAUGUGGGAAAGAACGAAAAUGUCGAAUUACCUCACUCACAGGUAUUUUGUGGUAGAUUAUGUGUGUUUUUCCAAUAAAUGUAACCAAAAAUAAACUGUAUUGGUGCCACGGAUACCUGUUAGUACAAAAUGCAGACAGCAGACUGCAGACCGGAUACAAAAUAUAGACUGCAGACUGCAGAGUGGGUACAAAAUGCAGACUAAGACUCUGAAGAGUUUUUACGUCUAGUAUAUAAUAACAUGUCAUCUUACAGCUUAGCGAGCGUCACGCAAUCGCUUUUCUGCGAUCCCACUUCACGAUUAUUUGCACUAUUGUGAGAUAUUCCUGGUCCAUUUCUUGAUGAAAAUCGAUCGCAAUAAUAUUUCAAGCCUUCAAUAUAGUCUUCUUACUUUGUGCGCGAGUUGGUUGGUGUGAUGUCUGUACAGAUUUUUCCAAGGUAAUAAAAGUAGAUGACGUGAAUAACAGUGAUGGUAGAGCAAGCUUAAAACGGCAGAAAUUGCCAGAAAAUACAACGGAUACACAGGGUAUGAGUAAGUUUUAUUGAUUUUACGAGAAAAAUCUUCAUAUUUCGAAAUAUGUAUCGUUGUAAAUCGACCAUACUUCGUUCCCUAAACUAUUCCUGGUGUAUAUUGGUGUUCUAAUGAGACUACGUAAUUUAAUUCCUAUGAAAUCUAAGUUAAUAUUAUUCAAAAGCGCGAUAUUACCAUUCCUCACGUACUGUCACCUAGUGUGGCAUUUUUGUAAAGCGAGUGACACUCGAAAGCUUGAAAGACUACAAGAAAGAGGACUUAGAGCGGUUUUCAAGGAUAAUAAUUCUAGUUAUGAACAACUAUUAGAGAAGGCAGAUCUGCCAACACUACUAAAUAGUCGCUUACAGGAUCUGUGCAUCCUUAUGUAUAAAGUAAAGCAUAAACUGUGCCCUGCAUAUAUAAGUAACAUCUUUAAAGAACCAAAUAGUAAUUACAAUCUGCGGCAAGCAGAUUUCUCAAUACCUAGGUAUGAGACAGUCACCUAUGGCAAGCACUCUAUUAGAUAUUUAGGGCCUAGGCUAUGGACAAAACUACCCAAGAGUAUCAGGGACGUCACAACCCUAACGUCGUUUAAAAGCAAGAUACGCCAACUCAAUAUAAGUGAACUUUCAGAUGAUGGCUGCGUAGGCUGUAGCCUUUGUUCAUUUUGACUUCUGUGUAUUUUUACUAUAAAUCUCUUAAUGAGUUAACUAUAGAUAUUUUACCUACUACUGUAUAUAGUUUUUUUUUAGUUUGUAUAUUCUCCCCUAAUUGGUGUCCCCAAAUUAGUAAGGGAUUUGUUCCCUAGCUAGACGGUUUUUUGACACUUUAAUAAAGUUUCUAUCUAUCUAUCUAUCUAUCUACUAUUCCUUAUAACUUGCAGUUCCUCUCGUAACUUAACACCGAGUCACACAACGCGUGACGCGUUCAUGAUUAAUCGUUGGCUCUUUCUCGAGACGUGACCUUGGGUCGUCUGUGACAAGUAAACAAUACUUAACAUAAUAACAUUAUACACAAAAAACACGGGAUUUUGGAUCAUGUAUUUAUUAAAAAAGAAUAUCCAUACAACUACAAUGAAAAAAACAUAAGAUUCACCUUUCUGAUCGUGAAAUUAAUACCAUUCGCACUGUUAUCGUAGCUACGUUCCCUGGCAUCAAGUGAAUCCAACAUGGCGUCUUUCUUCACAAGCAGUUUGCAUCCAUUUGAAUUUUGUUCUUCAGUCUCACGCUAGUAGUGUUGUUCAAUAGAUUGCAUAGAGUAUAUGCAGUUUGGUUUCAGAUUUCAGAUUUUGCUUUUUACAACGAGUUAACGUUUUCAACUAAGACAUUGGCAUACUUAGCAUACAAGACGUGCAAGGCAUUCAAUGCUUUCAUGGCUUUCCACUGGCGAUUUCUGCCGUUUUAAGCUUGCUUUACCAUCACUGUUAUCCAUGUUAAAAGACGAAGUUUUUGACAUGGAUAACAGUGAUAGUAAAGCAAGCUUAAAACAGCAGAAAUCGCCAGAAACUACGACGGAUACACAGAGCAUGAGUAAGUUUUAUUGAUUUUACGUGUAAAAUAUUCAUAUUUCGAAAUAUUUAUCGUUGUAAAUCGACCAUAUUUCAUUCCCCAUACUAUUCCUUAUAACGUGUUCAAAUUUUCAACGGUUCCUCCCGUAAUUUAACACCGAGUCACAUAACGCGUGACGCGUUCAUGAAUUCAUCGUUGGCUUUCUCGAGACGUGAGCUUGGGCCGCCUGUGGGCUUUCAAGCGUUCACGAUUCAGUCUGCUCCAAAAUUACCGCUCAAUAACAUCUUUUUGUGUGGAUUGGCCGCGAACAAUACGACUUGUGCAUGCGUCUAUAAGUAUUUUGAGCGUUUGCGCCAUAAUGCUCCAGAUGACUGUAAUCCAAACACAUUGAAAUACAAAACGACUGACAAAAGAGUUUUAAGGGCAAAAAUCUCGUGUUCGUCAUGUCACCCGGCCCUGUCCGUGCAUGACAACGUCAAUCAUCAUCAUGAUAGCAAGCGUGAUCAGCAUGUGAACACCUCAUUGGAUCACAGUUAGUUGUCAUGGUGUUGAGGGCCCAAUGACCUCUGGGUACUAUUGCGCAAUUUUUCCAUUUUUUGGCAGAGGAAAAAAAAAAAAAAAACGACAAAAAAACAAAGGCAUUUUAUGACUGGGCUACCACAGGUAUCCCAGUAAGGGACUUGUCAGAAACUAGACCCUGUGAGCAGGGUAACUGGGAUACCUGGAUGGUACUGGAUCCUUGGAAUCAAGUGUAGUGAUACUACGGGGUGUCAGAAUAGUAUACUGAAAUAGUGCGCUCAAGUCUGGCCAAGGGCAUAGACCUAUUUCAAAACAUAGGCAUGCUAUGCAUGCAAGAGUUACUUUUUUGUAGGGUGAGUGGAUUACUUGAAACAUUGUGAGUGAUGUCUACAUUCUUACAAAAGGAGAGAAGAAUAUUAAUGUGGGAAAGAACGAAAAUGUCGAAUUACCUCACACACAGGUAUUUUGUGGUAGAUUAUGUGUGUUUUGCGAAUAAAUUAUAACCAAAAAUAAACUGUAUUGGUGCCACGGAUACCUGUUAAUACAAAAUGCAGACAGCAGACAGCAGACAGCAGAAUGCAGACCGGAUACAAAAUAUAGACUGCAGACUGCAGAGUGGGUACAAAAUGCAGACUGAGAAUCUGAAGAGUUUUUACGUCUGGUAUAUAAUAAUAUGUCAUCUUACAGCUUACCGAGCGUCACGCAAUCGCUUUUCUGCGAUCCGCCUUCACGAUUAUUUACACUAUUGUGGAAUAUUCCUGGCCUAUUUCUUGAUGAAAAUCGAUCGCAAAAUUAAUUCAAGCCUUCAAUAUAGUCUUCUUACUUUGCGCGCGAGUUGGUUGGUGUGAUGUCUGUACAGAUUUUACCAACAUAAUAAAAGUAGAUGACGUGAUUAACAGUGAUGGUAAAGCAAGCUUAAAACGGCAGAAAUCGCCAGAAAAUACAACGGAUACACAGGGUAUGAGUAAGUUUUAUUGAUUUUACGAGAAAAAUGUUCAUAUUUCUAAAUAUGUAUCGUUGUAAAUCGGCCAUACUUCGUUCCCUGUACUAUUCCUUAUAACGUGCAGUUCCUCUCGUAAAUUAACACCGAGUCACACAACGCGUGACGCGUUCAUGAAUAAAUCGUUGGCUUUUUCUCGAGACGUGAGCUUGGGCCGCCAGUGACAAGACAAUUGGGAAUUUUAAAUUUGGGUUCGGAAAUUAGGUGACCCAUCCCUGCAAUUGGAGUGAAAUCUGCUAACCCUCCCCUUGAGCUUGGCCUAAAAUAUCAUGACUCUCCCCCUCUUGUAUAAAUGAUAAAAUCUAGUUCUUGCAAUACACUAGGGUGAGUCAGUAUUAUGAAAACUCAAAAUAUAUUUCUAAUCUGUUCUUUGUCAUGCUACAUACAUACAUUUUCGAUGAGAGCAUUAAGAGUCCGACUGAUCACUCGACUCUCCUAUUUCUCCCAAUACAAAGUCUUCAUCACUAGAACAAGUGGGUAAUGCCUCAUCCCCUUCAUCUACCUCACAUUCAUCAUGAUCAUCCACCUCUUCCACACUGAGGGAGCAUUGUUUGUUUGUUUUUGUGCCAAAUAAAGAACUUCCUUUUUCUUCUGUGGGUGAACCUCUACAUGAUCACGGACAUAUAUUUGCAUGACCCUCCCCCUUUUAACUGCCCAUUUUUCAUGACCCCUCCCUUUUCUGAGGCUCAAAAAGUUGUGACCCCCCCUCUGUUUCCACCCCCCCUCCCCCCCUGCUAAUUUCUGACAAGUCCCUAAUUAGUAAUGUUUAAAUGGUUUUUUGUGACAUGAAAGAGGUCACGUUGUCACCGGAGGGUGAAAAUAGUCGAUUUCGCUAAACAGUAACUCUUCUGAAAUUACUACUUUGCGAAAAGAAUAAAAAUCCUUCUUAUCAAUUCACGAUUACUCUCCUCGAUUACUUGUCCCCGUGAAAGUUAAUUUCUACCUUAUUAGAAAUAGACCUGCAUUAUUCCUUUAGCUUCGUUAUAUCUCGCCUGGUUUCUUUUUGUUUGGUUUCAUUUCGUUUCGUUUCGCAAAAUAGAAUAAGUAUGACAAGCCGUAAUAGACAAAAGUGAUCGAGAUUUUUUUUUCUCGAGUCGAAAAUCUUUUUUUCCGAGUCGAGAAUUUUUUCAUGGAGUCGCAAGGCAACCAUAAAGGACCAAAGUUAGCCUACGUGUAGGCGUGCCCAACCCCGAUGGCCUCCGUUUCACCUUGGCAGAAAUAGGGUGCGGCUACACGUAGGCUAGACCAAAGUGGUCGAGACUUUUUUAUCGAGUCGAGAAUUUUAUAAUCAUGAAAUAAUCGCAGCGUUUUCUUUGGUUCUCGCCAAUGUCCAAGACCUUUCGCACUUCUUGCGGGAGCUAAUAAACCACAUCAGGGAUAAAAUUGCUGCUUAUUUUCAAGUCAGUGCUGAGUUUCGUAGUGUACCUUCUCGCGAAAUAAGUUCAUAAGGAAGACCAAAAUGCAACAUUACAGCAGAACAAAUUGAUUAAAUAUGAAAUGUGCUGUCUUGCUUUCCCACCAUUUGAAAUUUAUAUUUGAGUAUUUUUGAUGGACAUGGUGUUAUCCUACACUUGCAAGUACCAGUGUCCCUUCAAUUUUGUGAAAAAUAUACCUUCAUAACAACGAUUGGUAUAACUAUACCAUAAAAUUGCUUGUGGCAAUACCAGAGAGGUUUUUUAUGCUUACUGGCAAACUUUGAAACAAACAAGUCAAACUGCUGCUGGUUAUUAAUAAUAGAAUUGGACAUUACGUUGCAUUGCAUUACAAUAUUUUAAGUUGCAUUAUUGACUAUUUAAUAGUCAGGAAUGCAACUUUAAAUAAUUCGCAAUAGCAAGGCAAUGUCUGAUUCUAUGAUUGCCAUCAUCUGCCAAUGGAUCAGGAACUAGGCAUUUUAUGCCAUCUGCUUGAUUGUCAGUCAGUUGAAUGGUGCUUUCAGGCACAGAAACCAUGUUUUCUGUCUUGAUACAGGCUACGGGUCCAUCAGGAUCAACACCAUACAGGGUAAUAUUACCUAUAUCAAUGUCAUCCACCCCAGAGGGAACAAACUCGGAGUACCAGGGAGAACAUGCAUGCUAUAGUACGUAGACCAUGGUGAUACCACUGGGAAUAAAACUCAUCCAAAGAUGCCUGAAUGGGCCGAACGUAAACAUAGUGAAGGGCAAACAAAUGGCAUUCAUCGUGUGUCAAGAAUGCCAGUAUAUUCCAUAAAAAUGAACAGAUCAAUGUACGGUGAGGAACCAACCCAGUUAACCUUUGCCCAGAGCCUCUUUAUCCUUUGAUUGUGCACGCUACGUCCGGGCGUGAAGCUUCCUCUAUUUACCCCCUUCUGAUCAAUCAUGAAUCGAGCAACAUUCACAUUUUCAACGCCCUAUCCCCUCUAACCCGAGAUGAAAUUCCAAAUUCUUGUAUUCCAUCCAUGAAGUAUUGCAAGACUGUACCUGCUAGGUUGUUAGUGAAACACUUUAUGUAAGCUAUUGCUCCACUAUACCCGUCAAUACAGCCGUGCAAACCUCCAGUGAAUUAAUUUAACUUGUGAUUUGAGUCAAUGUGCCAUAAGCGGUUUGGUUUUUUAACAUUAUAUAGACGUCGUUGAAUUGCAUAUCUGCGCCUUAUGGCGCGGUUUACAAGAUCGAUUCUUUGUAAUGCUUCCCAUUGGUUUUGCUGUAAUGUUGCAUUUUGGUCUUCCUAAUGAACUUCUUUCGCGAGAAGGUUAACACUACGAAACUCAACACUGACUUGUAAAGAAGCAGCAAUUUUAUCCUUGAUGUGGUUUAGUAGCUCCUGCAAGGAGUGCAAAAGCUCGUCAAUCAGCAGUUUUAUCCCUAUAAAAAACGCUACGAUUAUUUCAACAAAGCCUUCCCAGCUAUCGUGUAUAUAUUCCAUAUUUCUGUCGUUUCCGGGAGCUGUGCAUCGUUCUAUAUGGGAAAAUUCAAAUACAAUCCUGUAUAGACAACAGAAACCUCUCCAAGUCCUCUACAUUACUGUCAGCAACUUGAAGAACGACAACUGUACAGGCAAGAGCCAAUUCGACGAAAACAACAACGCAAUGCCUCUGCAAAUGUUUUACUAUAAUGUCAGAAAAGGUAAAUUCCUACAAAUGCGAAAAAAUAAUAAUUACAACACAGACAAACUACCUAAAGGCCACUACAAAACGAAAUCAAAGAAAAAGAUGAAAGUAAAGCCGCUUACUAGGAAAAAUCUACUUCUAUGAACACUAGGUACGGAUAGGCACAAAAAACUCAGGUCCAAAGAAACGGGCGAGACAACAAACUAUAACUAAAUUUACAUACAGCACGUAACAAAGGAGCGUAAUUAACAAAAUACCGAAGAGCAAAAAAAAGUACACGAUAACAAGUAAGUGACCCCAAUAACAACAAUGUAUAAAAAAGCUACGUAACCAACAGAUCUGCAGAUCGCCAUAUUUUUGAUCAUUUUGGCGGCAAAUGACGGCAUGGCAUGCUGGGUAUUCUCGACUUAUGAAAAAAUUUUCGACUCAACAAAAAAUUCUCGACUCGAGGUAAAAAUUCUCGUCUCGGAAAAAAAGAUUCUCGACUCGAGAAAAAAAUAUCUCGACCACUUUUGUCCAUUAUGGCUUGCCAUAAAUAAGCCCAUAAAGGCGGUACGGAAUGACGUGAACAGAGAAAAGCUACGCGUACGGUCCCGUGAGAUGUAAGCUAAUGAAGGAAGACAAGGAAAGAGCGGCGUUCACAUGAUAAAGUGCUUAUUGACCCAGUCAGGUCGGGCUGGAUGGGAAAAUAUUUGGCCUUCCUACCAGGCCUGGGUUGUUCAAAGCUGAGUUUAGUUAACUCAGGGUCAGUCUGAAAGUUGAUUUCGGGUCUGAAAGCUUUAAAAGAAAAUACAGUUCAAAUCUUUUUUCUUGCAAUUUGAUCACUGGAUGUUCUAACGAGAGUAGGGAAAAUUGUCUCUGAAAGGUUUUUGAACAAAGGAAUAAAGAGACCCGGAUUAAAAUUUACCCCUGAGUUAGCGCUAAUCGGCCUUCGAACAACUGGGCCCAGGCCAAUAAAUUCAUAUAACUCGUAAACCGUUGCAACGAAAGCCAGAACGAAACCGGCGACUGAAAAGACAGCAAUUACCUUCUCUUUCGACAAAGAUAUCUAUAACACAGUGGUGUCUCAAUUUGUCGGAAUAUUCUAACUUUUUCCAGAAUCCUUGUGAAAACUUUCCUUGUCAGCACGGUGGAACAUGCCACGCAAAUUACGAGACAUACGACUACAGCUGUGCUUGUGAGCAAAACUACGCUGGGAACAACUGUGAAAUACCGAUUGGUAAGUAAAUUUUGUAAUGGUGUUUUCUACACGAUAUCUUACUGGACUUUUUAACUUAACAACAGACUAUAAGAUAAGCUGACUUCGCUCUAAAAUUUGUUUAACGUUAGCGUCUUACAGUUGCUGUUUGACUCUUAGCCCUUGGUUUUGCAUCUUGUAGAAAGGCAGAGAAUUUUGUUACUUUCCUCUUAUUUCUCUGGAGAAGAGGCAAAAAAAAAAACUACACUUAUUCUGGGUCUUUUGUUUACCGUAUUAUUUACAAAUUUCGUCAGGUCGAGACUGUUUUUAUCUUCUGAACGCUGGCCACAAUCGGAGUGGAGUGUACUCUGUUGAUCCUGAUGGUAGAGGACACUUCAGUGCUUACUGUGACAUGCACACUGACGGAGGAGGCUGGACCGUGUUUCAGAGAAGACAGGAUGGCUCGGUAGACUUCUAUCAGAAUUGGGGCGACUACAAAGUUGGCUUUGGUCAGCUGACUGGUGAAUUCUGGUUAGGAAACGACAAGAUCCACAGGCUGACGGCUGCUCUACCCACGUCCCUAAAGGUGGACCUGGAAGACUGGAAUGGAGUUAAAGCCUAUGCCAAAUAUGGAAAGUUUGACGUCGGUGAUGAGCAGCUACACUAUCGACUUGAUGGGGGUUCAUAUUCAGGGACUGCUGGGGAUUCGUUAGCAUAUCAUUAUAACAUGGCGUUCAGCACAAAAGAUAGUGAUAAUGAUAACUAUCCUCAAAACUGUGCUGUAAAGUUUACUGGAGCAUGGUGGUAUAAAAGCUGCCUCAACUCCAAUCUGAACGGAAAAUACUUGGGAAACAAGCAUGGUUACCGUGGAAUCCCGUGGUAUGACUUCAGAGGUGACCUUUCCCUUAAAUUCACAGAAAUGAAGUUGAGGCCAGCAUUGUAG